ACACUGUAUGCUGCCCUGCAACAUUUACUGUGAAAGCACCAAUAUAUAUUUCUUGUUUUCAGAAUUUCUGUACGAAGAUAUAUUUCGAGUUUGGGAAUGCAUUUGGUCAGCUCGUGUCUGUUCUUCCAAACAUUUUGUUCUCUUUAUUGCUCUGGCCUUGUUAAAAAGUUACAGGUAUGUUUGUCUCGCGAAGCCUGCCUCACGAGUGAAAUAUAGGCGUCCCGUCUUCCUUUGCCAAAUGCCAAGGAGCCUUGUUCGAAAGCUAGUCAUGCCAACUUUUGUACAAGGAAAAUUUGUUCGUGUGUACGGCCGCCAAGGAAAACUUGACAAGUGUACAAAAAAUACUUCUAUGGUUUUGACAAACAAAAGGCGGCCUUGACGCGAGAUAAAUGUUUACCGUAUACACGAGAAGGUAAACUUGUCAAGGAAACCUUGUUGACUGUACAAACGAGAAAGUAAACUUGUCAAGGUAAACUUGUCAAGGAAAACUUGUUGACUGUACACACGAGAAAGUAAACUUGUCAAGGAAAACUUGUUGACUGUACACACGAGAAAGUAAACUUGUCAAGUAAACUUGUCAAGGAAAACUUGUCAAGGAAAUCUUGUUGACUGUACACACGAGAUGGUAGACUUGUCAAGGAAAACUUGUUGACUGUACACACGAGAUGGUAAACUUGUCAAGGAAAACUUGUUGACUGUACAUACGAGAAGGUAAACUUGUCAAGGAAAACGUGUUGACUGUACACACGAGAAAGUAAACUUGUCAAGGAAAACUUGUUGACUGUACACACGAGAAAGUAAACUUGUCAAGGAAAUCUUGUUGACUGUACACACGAGAAGGUAAACUUGUCAAGGAAAUCUUGUUGACUGUACACACGAGAUGGUAAACUUGUCAAGGAAAACUUGUUGACUGUACACACGAGAAGGUAAACUUGUCAAGGAAACCUUGUUGACCGUACACACGAGAUGGUAAACUUGUCAAGGAAACCAUGUUGACUGUACACACAAGAACGUAAACUGGCUUUACUUGUCAAGGAAAAGUGCUCGUCUGUAAUUAGCCUUUCUCACGCCGCCAUUUUUGGGUGGCUUUUGAGCCGAAGUCUGCGAGAUAAGUCCACAUAAUAGCGACUUUUUAUAAUUUUUUUGACGAAUGAUGGUACAUUUGCUUUGUAAAUGGUUAGUUUAUUUUGAAAAAUUGCUUUUCACAUUGUUUUAAUUGUCUGCAUUGGUUAACGAGAAUUAGAUGCCACCCAAAAAUGGCGGAUAUUCGUCAUCGUGAGAAAGCUAAUUGGCUUUAAUCUAAAAGCUCGAUACUUUUGACGUUUGCAUGCAAAGACAAAGCUAUAAGAUUUCUUUUUCAUUGCCUUGCAGGAAUAUCCUGAUUGAUCACAGUAUGGACUUCACGGAUAUUAUCAAAUUCUUUAAUGGUAUGUGAAAAUCAGAAACAAUUUACUCUACAAGCAAAAUGUUUGUAGACAAUGGUUCGUAGUUUGCCCUGGGCCUAUAUAAGCAUUUAGUACAGAAUGCGUAUAAAUUUUCUACUCUCUAUACGUUUGUUCAGAAAUGGCGGAAGGACACAACGCAACUCAAAUCUUGGAUCUUGCUCGAAGCUCGGUUAAAACAGUCACGACGUUAAUUGAAAAUGAAUAACAGGGUAACAUGGAUUCGCACUGUGAAUAGUUCUGGCAUACAUUGGUCCGGUGAGUGGAAGAAGGGUCUUAAGCGUGUUUUUCAUUUCAAUCCUAGCGUACCGUAGAAUUUAUUGUAUGUUGAAGUCAUUAGUUCCACUCUAGCGCUAAGGCAGAGAUAGAUACGCUUAAAGUGGAAAACAUGCUUUAUCAGCUAGUAUUUUGGUAAAUUUCAUGUGAGUAAUGAGUAGUAUGGACGUUAUUUCAGGCUGAGUUAGUGUGAAUACAAACUGUAGCCUGAUCUCACUGUAGAAUAUUACAGUAUUUAACACUAAGUUAUUAAUUAGACUGUACAAUGUGACUUCGUAGAGGUCGUUGAAUUGGCUGGACAUUAUUCAGCUUUUCUUGAAGGACGAUAGAAAUUUCUUAAUUAAAGCGAUUUGUUCUCACAAGUGAAUACAAAAUCAUUCUUCCGACAAAUUGUAAAUCCUUGGGCCAACCAGAAAACUUUAAUUGUUUCCUAGCGAUGUUUCUCGAAGGUAGGCAAACCAGGAAACAUUCUUUCUUAGUCUUGUUUCCCGAAGGUGAAGAAACCAGGAAACAUUGUUUCCUAGCCAUGUUUCCCAAAGGUGGGCAAACCAAGGAACAUUGUUUCCUAGCCAUGUUUCCUAAAGGUGGGCAAACCAGGAAACAUUGUUUCCUAGCCAUGUUUCCUAAAUGUGGGCAAACCAGAAAACAUUGUUUCCUAGCCAUGUUUCCUGAAGGUGUGGCAAACCAGGAAACAUUGUUUCCCAGCCAUGUUUCCCGAAGGUGGGUAAACCACGAAACAUUGUUUCCUAGCCAUGUUUCCCAAAGGGGGGCAAACCCGAAACAUUCCCGAAUGUUUCCCGAAGGUAGGCAAACCAGGAAACAUUGUUUCCUAGCCAUGUUUCCUAAAGGGGGGCAAACCAGAAACAUUCCCGAAUGUUUCCCGAAGGUGGACAAACCAUGAAACAUUGUUUCCUAGCCAUGUUUCCAAAGGUGGGUAAACCAAGGAGAAAUUGUUCGUAAUUAGGAAACAAAAUAUGUUUCUGAAUUUGUCGAGAAACAUUUCUUCUUCCCGCGAAGCAAAUUUUCGCGACAAUAUUUCAAAGGGAUUCUGGGGAUUCGGCCAUGACAAGAAAAGCUGCAUAGUGUAACCAACUAAAUGUAUUUAAUGUAAUGAAUUGUAGAAAUUCUGAUUACAUCUCAAUUUAGUACUUUAUAUCUAGUUGUCUUUGUAAAGUGACCACAAGCUUAUCCGGCCGUCCUUAGAACCAGCAGCCAGAAGUUGUUCUUGGCAGUUUGAGAAAGCGAUGGCAUCCACAGAUUGUGUGUGGUAGUUGAGGAUUGCCAGAGGUUUUAAACUUUUCCAACUGAAUAUCCUCAGU